UCCGAGUCAAAACAUCCGUUGUGGUUGGACCUGUCUCAUGGCCGGAGUUUAGUCCUGUGUAUUGUCACAUGCAGCGGCCUCAAGUUUUUCUAUAUCAGAUAUAAUCUUGCAAUGCUUCUCAUGCAAGUAGUCAACAGGGGUUGUAUAAGAGGUGUGUCCACAGCACUCAGGCGUUCUCUCCGAGUGUACAGCCAGGAUUCCAGGAAAAGUGUAGCUUAUUCAGGAACACACACAAUGGCUAAGACUGUGUUGAUAGUUUAUGCGCAUCAGAGCCCCACUUCAUUUAACUCUGCUGCUCAUAAAGUCGCUGUGGAGGCACUAAAGGAACAGGGCUGCAAAGUACUUGUCUCAGACCUCUAUGCAAUGGACUUCGAAGCCUCUGCAACUGCAAAGGAUAUCACAGGUGAUCUGAAGAAUCCAGAGAACUUCCAGUAUGGAGAUGAAACAAUGGCUGCUUGGCAGGAGGGCCGACUCACCAAGGAAAUUACAGAAGAGCAGCGCAAGGUGGAGGAGGCGGAGUUGAUCAUCUUUCAGUUUCCUCUGUACUGGUUCAGUGUCCCUGCCAUCAUGAAAGGCUGGAUUGACAGAGUUUUAUCACAAGGAUUUGCCUUUUCACUCCAAAACAUGUAUGACAAUGGCAUUUUUAAGGACAAGAAGGCUGUGCUGUCUUUUACCACUGGAGCCAUGGAGUCUAUGUUCAUGUCUGAUGGCAUCAAUGGGGACAUAAACAUAAUACUGUGGCCAUUGCAGAAUGGAGUCCUUCACUUCUGUGGAUUUCAAGUUCUUGAACCUCAGAUCUUUUGGAGUAUUGCACAUACACCCCCAGCAGUAAGGAUAGCCUUGUUGGAUGCUUGGAGAGCCAGGCUGAAGGGGAUAUGGGCAGAGAAACCACUGUCCUUUGCAUCCUCUGCACUCUUUGAUCUUAGCUUUCAAGGAGGGUUUCGCCUGACCCCUGAGGUGAAGGAGAAGCUUAGCACUGCCCCUUAUGGCAUCACGACAGGGCAUCACAUGGGCAAACCUCUUCCUCCUCAUAACCAGACUAAAGCUGAGAAUGAGACUGCAACAACAGUAUCAGAUGUUCAGACAUCAUAAUUCCAUAAUAACCUGCUAAAGAUAUCAGGUGGAGAACCGACACAGGAUUUGAUAACAUGAAAGUAUGAAAUAGAGUAUUCUUCCUCACACACCUGUAUGUGUGUGUUUUGUAUUUCAUUAUUAUUUUUUUAAAUGUCAUUAUUAGUCUAUUAGUCUAUUUAUAUUUUAGACCUAUUCCCAGUGGUUUCAGCUACAAUUUCUCAUUAGUUAAAGAACAAGCUUUUAAUAUAUAUUCAUUAUUUGAACACCUUUUAUAACUGUUAAACUUUAGCCUAAAAUGAACACAUCAUAACACUGUUCCUGACACACUAUGCUUUUAGGAUACGGGUUACAGGUCAUGAUUGUUGAGCAGGCCUAUGCAAACGACCUCUUGUCGACGGUGUUGACUUGUUUUUCAUAAAUAUAUGAACUGUUCGGAUAACGAAUAAUAAACAAAAACUACAUUUUAA